GUUACCCGUUAUAUUCUUUUUUUUUAAAACAAAAUGUCAACAACGUUAUAGAAAUGGUAAAUAAACCGAGGGCAUGUGCUACUCACAUUAUUGGGAUUUCCUUAUUUCCGUUGUACAAUGCGCCCAGGUUGGAGCCUCGUUUUGAUAUUAUGUGUUAUCACGCCCCUCAGCCAAACGGAACCCAUGAGGAAUUUAAUGCCCUGGGGAAAAGGAAAAUAUCAGACAUUAAAGCCCGAAAAAGAAGAGAAACCGGAAGAAACAGCAGCUACCGGGCCUUCCGAACACCCGAAAACACCUUUGGUGCAUGACGAAACGGGGCCGUCAAGAGCGCCCGCUGAGAAACUAAAAGGCAAAGAAAAGGCAGGGAAAGCUCCUUUACCAGAAGCAUCUCCGGCAGAGAAAGUGCCUUAUAAAAAAUUGGAUCCUCAGAAGAUUACAGAUUUGGAUGGCAACAAUCCUAUAAUAUGGGGCGUUUUCCACCCAGAGGAAGGUUUAACCACCGUGACGCAGGCAGAGUGCAACGCGCAUUGUAUGACUCACUUUGGCGAGAUCAUCACGAAAGACCAGGCCAGUAUACCUACCUUUGAACCCCACUUAAUUAACCAGGAAACAGUCUGUCGAUGUGAGAUGAACAAAGAGCGGAUCAAAGAUCAUUUCAUGGUCGCGGAAUUCAAUUACACUGAGUUUACAGAGGAAGCUAAGAAGUCGUUCUGUGCCGCAAGAUGGUGGUUGAGCCGGCAGAAGAUAGGAGUCAGGAUCUUGUAUGAAUUAGGAGCCAGGGAAUUGCAGCCCCUAGAACCAAAAGGAGACACAGGGGCUUCGAAUUCCACGGGGACCACGGACAGCGCAGCAGGGACUUCAGAAUCGGGAACAUCGAAAGUCCCUCUAGCGUCUCCAGGGGAGGCGUUGGAUAAAACGCCGAAGGAAACAGCGGAUGAGCCCAAAGCUAAAAAAGAUAAGGGAAAGGCCGAAAGAAGGCCGAAAGAAGUUAUUGUAGGAGCCUUUACAAAAGGGGGUCCUUUCACCGAAGCAAUGUGUCAUUAUCAUUGCUGGGCGACAUUCGGGCAAAUUGAAGUGAGGCCGCUCGACCGAAAGGGCUCGAUAUUAAUGGAUUUCACUGAGGCGCGCGUAUAUCCGGAUGGAAAUACUUGCAAAUGUUUGCUGAAUACUUCCGGAGAUUUUAAGAGCCACUAUAAAAGGGACUACUACGAAAAAUUGCAAAAGUGGUGUAAAAAUGUUUUCUUCUGUGCCGCGAAGGAAUUUUCCAAGGCAAAAGGAACGAACGUCUUUCUUCAGUACGAAACACUUGCUCUCCCCCUCAAGGAUAGAGGUAAACGCCCUGAACCGAAUACUCCUGCGAAAUCUCCUAUAAUGCUGAGUCCAGCCGGAACUCCACUAAUAAGAACUCCCCUGAUGACUCCAAUUGGGAGCCCUCAGCGUGUUCCUCCGGAAGAUGAAACGAUAAAUGUCGAAAUUAUCAUGGGAGAUGCCUCGAAAAAGUUCUUGAAAACCAAAACAAUGGGCUACCUCGUUCAUGGUACACGCACAAAGGAAGACUGUCAAAGAAAAUGCGAUGAGAUGUUCGGUUUUUUCAUGUUCAGUGGAGGUAACACAAGAUUGCACUUCACCAAGGACUUUUUAGACAGGAAAGGACGAUGUAAGUGUAUUUUGGCAAAUGUGCCGAUUGCGGUAGGUCUACAAUCGAAUGGACUAAGAUCAGAAAUUGGGACGUUUUUCCAAAUUUGUCGAGAGAAAUCGUAUGAGGCUGCUAUAAGGUUUCUUUUACAGAAUACUCCUGAUUUCCUUGUCUGGAUGGGUGAUGCGCUAAGUGCGGGGCAAAAAGGGAAUUUGGCAAAACAAUUUCCACUACGGUGUAAGUUCGCGGCGGAUCCACAAUGAGUUGGAGGGAGGGGCCAUUCGCUGAUUUCUAUGGGACUCGGAAAAUGUUAAACAACAGGCCCUCUCAGAUUGAAUUUUCAGCAAUUUUACCAUUAAAUUUUUGCAUUAUUUGAAAGUUGAAAAUUGACGAAUAAUUCCUCUUUUAGCCUAAACAUACUAUUUAAUGAAGAACUGUUAGGACCAUCUAAUGUGGCUAAGUACAUAUAUUUAGGUUUGAACUAGAUACUAAAUUGAAAUGAAAAGAGCAUAUAAAAAUAAAAAAAAGACGAAUGUGUAUUUAAAUUUAAGAAGCUAAAUUGGUUACUAGGGUGAAAAUCUCCAUUAAGCGUAGAUAAUAAACUUUUCUAUGUAAGCCAAUAAUCCGCCCAUCAUGGGCCUAUGUAACUCAGAUCUAGGGGUGUACAGCACGGACUAAUUUAGGAACUCUUCAAAAACUACAAAAUCGUGCUCUUAGACAAAUUGGACUGCAUUUUCCAAUUUGGACCUAUAAAAACUGGCUCAUCUGAAAAAAGAUUUAUGUGCAUCGGAAAACUAAAGGCAUAUACGUUGUUUUUAAACCGGGCCGGAAUUUAUAGCUCCUAAUUGCAAAAUGUAGUAAAAUUGUCGAAGCACGCUAGGGCGAACGCAAUUCGGAUAUCCAAAUGGAUUUUGGAAUAGAGAUGGUCUCGCAGUUUAUCACUCCCAAGUAGCAUUUCUCAAGAGAAAAAUCGAUAUAUAUUGCGAUUUUAUCGGCGAUUGAAUCGCCAGGAUCAUCUACAUCUGAGCGAUUAUCCUCGAUCAUAUCGCGCUUUUAUCGCCCGACAA